GUAGUUACCUGUGGUGUUUCGUGAGCGAUGGUGGCGUAUUUCAUAACCUUGUGAAAUGAGCUCGUAAUAUUUUUAAUGGACAGUAUGACUGAAAUUGUCUAUAGUAGCGAAUCAGAGACGUUAUAGCGAAUUUAGAAUUAAUUUUCAAUUCUAAUUGAGAAGUUUUCAAUAUAUCAUUGAUAUCUUUUGAUAAUAAAUUGAAGAAAUGGCGUUAGUACAUAAAUUUCAUCAACUGUCAAAAUUAAUUUUUUCAUUAAAUUCGAUUUCUAAUAAAUGUAGACAAAAUCUUCCAGUACCGAUAAUUCAUUCAUUGGUACGGAAAGCAUCUACGUCUCAACCCCUUUCAGAAAAACAGGAAGUUAGUAUAACAUUCGUUAGAGCUGGUGGUGAAAGAAUAAAAGCAAAAGGCAAAGUAGGAGAUACUAUAUUGGAUAUAGUGGUAAAUAAUGAAAUUGAUUUAGAUGGUUAUGGUGCUUGCGAAGGAACAUUAACUUGCAGUACAUGCCAUUUAAUAUUUCCUAAGGAAGUGUACGAUAGUCUUCCUGAUAAACCUACUGAUGAAGAAUUGGAUAUGCUUGACCUAGCAUAUGAUUUAACUAAUACGUCCAGAUUAGGAUGUCAGAUAGUAAUGACAAAAGAGUUAGAUGGCAUUGAAGUGAAGGUUCCAACCACGAUCAAUGAUGCACGAGCCUGAUGUUGAAUUGUACUUCCAUUCUGUCCAUAUAAGAUAAAACAAUUUAAAUGGCCAAUAACACCAAAUAUGGAUGCUCUUUAUAAAUAGUAAAAUUAUAUAUCCUUCUUACUAUAUAGCAUAAGUUUACUAGUUAUACUAGUUCAUUUUAACGUAUAUGUAAUAUUAUGUAUAUAAUGAUAAGACAAAAAGAGGAAACAAAAAAUAACAAAUUUAUAUAAUUUUAUAUAAAUCUAUAAAUAUUUUAUGACAGUUUUUUAAGCGAUGCGAAUUCAUUCGGUGUGAAUUCAAUCAAUUAUCAAAAGAUUUAUAAUAUAAUAAAGAAAAGUGCAAUAAGUUCGUAUAUUAUAAUAUAUACGUGUAAUAUUUAUUUAGUGUUUUACGUUAAAUUAAUAAAUUUUGUCUGCAUAUAUUAGAUAGUAUUAUUAAACGCAGAAAACGUAGAAAAUGUAGCAAAACAAAAUGUACAUUGUCUCACGAUGAUAUCCUUUUUAUGUAAUAGAUAACUUUCUCUCCGUAAUUCUAUAUCCAUGUUGGUAAAAGUUUUUCUAUUAUGUAACGAAAGAAAAAUCGUUCUGAGGCUUUUAUUAAGUUCUUUGUAUAUACUUAAAGUGCCAUUACUAAAUAAGUUAUAGAAAAAUAAUCUUGUUAAAUAAUAUUUUUAUAUAACUUUGAAAUAAAAUAAAUGAAUAAUAUUAUUAAAAUAAGUUAGAAAAUCAGGAUUAUUUUAUUAUGUUGUCAAAGCCGUAAUCAUGGGCGAGGCGAGCCGUGCAAGGGCCGUGCAAGGGCCGCGCAAAGCGCAAAAAAAGAAAAUCGUACGUAUUUUUAACGAAUAUCGUAGUCAAAAUAUUUGACCAAUCAUUUAACUCGACAUGCUCUGAAUAAUUUAUUUCUAUUAAGAAGGUACAUUACCAAAUCUAUCCACGAUAUCGAUUUUACAUUUGUAGUAGUACAUAAAGCUAAAACACUUUUGUACUAUGCGUAUUACGUGUGGACCCAACUAAUAAUUUACUCAUGCAUUAUCGCACGCUAUAAGUAAAACGAAUUAUUACUACACUACUUACAAACUUGGUAAAAAUUAUGCAUUAUAUUAAUGUGUAAUUUACAUAUUUUCAUUUUCUUACCCUGCCCAUUUCAAACUUUCUACCUCUAGAGAAUGUGAGAUAUUAUAGAUUUUUUAAAUGUAUAUAUUUACACGUUACCGAUAAGUCGAGAUAUGUCUGUUUAACUUUCAAAUUUGUAACUUUAUCAUUUCAUCAACAGUUAAUACAAUUCUAUAUUUUUCCAGUUUAAUAUUUCUUUAACGUAUCUCAUACUUAAAACAUUAUAUUUAUACACAUUAUUAAAUGCAACUUUCAGUACGAAGUCAGUCAUAAUUAUAUGAUUUCAUUUCAUUACGCGUUUUCCUAGUUAGAUUUCGAUUUAUAUUCAAUCGAUUCUCAGUUAAGUUUGAAAAAUAGUGGAAAUGAUAUUAAUUUAUUAAUUUACAUAUCAAAAACUCUUGUUAUAAUGAUAAUAAUAAUAAUAAUAAUUAUUAU